AUGAUUCAAAAGGGGUAUGACAUCCCAAUGAAGGAGCAGCGUCUCGUUUUUGCGGGUCGCAGUCUCGAGGAUGACAAGAUGCUGUCGGACUUCAAUAUUCAGAACGAAAGCACUCUUCACUUGAUACUACGGUUGCGAGGAGGCAUGUAUCAUGAGUCAUCUGGUCGCGUGGACAAUGAGACUCUUGAGGAGGAACGACGAGGUGGCAAAGCCUCUGUGGAGACGAAGCUUCUCUUGCCAGGAGGGCGUUCUGAACGAAUCCGAAUCGGUCUUUUUUGCACCGCUGCGAAGCUCAAGUUGAUUCUUACUCGCAAGUUUUGGGCUCUUUUGCAAGGCGCCACCGACCACAAAGGCAACGCCAUAGACGUCGAAGAUGACGAUGACGUGACGUUCUUAGGAGGGAACUAG